AUGGCGACGGAUAACAAAAGAGCCAACGAUAUCGUAUUUUCUCAGGAACGAGAGUCUACCUCUGGUGUAAACAAAUACGGAGGACUUGUGCCAAAGAAAAAGCCUCUCAUUUCGCAGCCCAAACGUGCUUUCUUUGAUUCAGCGGACUGGGCUUUACACAAGCAACAAGCAAGUGCAAAUGAGAGAACAAUAGAGGCGAUAGUAAACUUAAGACCCAAACUAUUGAGAACGCCUCACAAGCAACUUCCCCCAAGGGGACCUACCUUUGCAACUGGACAAGAGAAUCUGAUAUAUUCGACCUUUUAA